AUGGAAUAACAAGCUAUUUGUUAUAAAUUGUGUUAAUAAAUUGAUUUAACAUAUAAAUCAAGAUUUUCAUAAGAUCAAUUAAUCGAAAAAAGAAUAAAACUGAAUUUAUAAUUUCAAGUUCAAUUUAAACAAAGUGAAUUAACAGAUAAUAUCAAUCAAAUGGUGACUUAAGAUUAAAUACUCAUGAUCAAAGGGAGGGAGGAUAUUGUAAGUAUUAAUUUUUUAAUGCUAAAAACUUAAAGAUAUAUAGAAAGGCCCUAAUCAUAAAAAUAGAUAAGGGCAACUAUGUAAAUGGAAUCUUAUUAAAUAUUUAUACUACCAAGAAGAAUAAUUACUGUACUGGGAUUGUUUAAGAUAUAAUAAAGACAACAGGAUUACUAAAAUUGCACAAAUUUAAGUAAAAGUAAGCAUAUUAAAUUAUUUAGAAAUAUUAAAGUAUUUGUAGAAAAAGGAGCAAUAUUUUUAUCAAAAUUUCUGA